CACAGUGAGUCACAGUGAGUCACAGUCACAGUGAGUGAGAGCGGCAGUCUCCGCGCUGUUUGCGGGCCUCGCGUCCCCAUGGCAACCAGGACGCCGAGUCCACCCGGGGUGGGGGCCGUGGUCUCCCGGGACCCCGGAGUGAGGAGGGCCCCGGCCUCCAUUCCUGCCCAGGGCCCAUUGAGCCGGCCACGAGGCUCGGACCGGGGCAGACGCGAGAGGGGUGAAGAGGGGGCAGCACGAGGGAGGGGGCGCCAUGGGGCCCGCGGGCCGCGCAUCCCUGCGGCGUCUCCUGGAUCGCACCGAGGCCGCGCAUCGCGCCGCGGUGGCGACCUUCACCCGGGGCCACCUCAACCCCGACCGCGUGCUCCGCGCGGCCCCGCCCGGGGCGGCCCCUGUCCGCCUCGGCUGGGCCUCGGCCCGGCCCGGGGCGGCCCCGCGCUCCCGCGGCGUCCGCGGGGCCCUCGGGGUCCGCGUGGAUCAAGAGGCCCGGGUGGCAGCGAUGACCGAGCGGCUGGCGUCUCUCACGCUCGGCGCGGGGGCCAUGCGUGGCCUGACUCGAGUCCGCAGUGAGAGCGGUCCGCCUGCGUCGCCCGUGGUCGACCCAGGCCAGGAGACGGCGGAGUCGGCCGACCGAGGGAGGCCCGGCGGCCGCGGCGGCGGCGGGGCGGAGCGGAGCCGCGAGAGCCUCGAGGGGGCCCGAGGAGAAGGGGCCCCAGGAGGGGCCCCACCCGAGUUGGUGCUGGGCGGGGUGACGUGGCGGGAUCGGUACCGCUCCCUGCGGAAGGUUGACACCAAUCUGUUCGGCGCCAGCGGGCGAGCGGUGGUGGCCAGGCCGGGUGCCGGACGGCGCAGGGCGCGACCCCUUGCGGCGGCACCGGGCGCCGGUGCCACGGCCCGGCCGAGCUGGCGGCGCCUGCAGGAGCGGCGGAGUGCCCUGCAGGCGGUGGUGCACCACUCGACCGCCCUCGGACACAUCAUUGGAGACAUCAUGAGAGAAUACGAUGAGUACCUCGCGGUGCUGAUGGACGCGCAUCAAGGCGUCGAAUACGAGGCUCUCAUGGCUCAGCUGCGCUGCGUCGGCGAGGGGCAAGACGCGGAGUUGCGGGGGGCCGAGCGGGAGCUGUGGGACCUCGAGACGCAGGCCAGGGCCGCACUGACGCGGAACGAGCGACUUCGCGUUCAGCUGCGGGAACAGGACAGGGAGCCACCGACUGCGGAGACUCCGGUUCUCACCCCGGAGCCCCCUCCCCAACCCCCACGGACCCCCGUGCCCCCCCGGGCCCCGUCGGCGGCGUCCCGCGUGCGGACCCUGCACGCGGAGCUGGCGGACGCGACGCUGGCGCUGGGCGGCGUGAGGGCUCGGCGCCAGCAGCAGCUGGUGCCCAGCACGGAGACCCAGCUCCUGGGGCAGAGAGUGCGCGACAUGCGGGUGGAGGCAGCCAGACUGGCGCGGUCCACGCAGCGCCUGGACAAAUCGGCUCAGAAACAGGAGCGGGAACUCCUCCGCAUCCUGGCUCGAUACAAGAUCCCACCAGAAGCACAGGGGGAGCUGUGGCGAGCGAUUAACGACGGUGCGAGGACUCCGCUUCCGCGCGACGCAGACCACCCACGUGGGAGCCUGGAUCCUCCUCCUCCGACGACAACGACAAGGUGGUGAUCAGACAUCCUGCUUGGUGCAAUGGCAGCGUCACGUCGGAGUGGCCACGUGUCAUCCCCCCCCCCACAUCUGAGUGAAGACUGCCGAGACUUGUUGCCACAGCGAGGCUGCCUUGUUGUCGCGUGAACGCGGUUUUCCUGAGCACGCUUCCGCGCCAUGUGUACACCACACCAGCCCAGGUAAACGUGGAGUCCAACUGCUGACGGGAGUUGGAGGCCCGGCCAGUUAGAACGUCGCCAGCCACUGUCCGCCCAUACCCUGCGCACGCCACGUGAACUCAAGACGCACGACACAGUGACAGCUUAAAUGAAACCUAUUUAUUUUGCCGAAUGUCCACAAGUUUUGAAAAAAAAAAUCAAAUCAACAACUCACCGAGUCUGUUCAUUUACAUUCGGAAAGGCGCGAGCUCAAAGCAGCCAAGGUCGCCGAGGCCCGGUCACUCUUGGGGAGGGGGGUGGGGGGGGAGCUGGCUCCCGAGCAGCGUCAGGAGCCUCUCGCUCCAGUACGGAGCCAGACCCCCAAGCCUCGCGAACGCACCAUCCCUGGCUCGUGGUAGGGACAGCACUGGGUGGACGCUCCUGCCAAUCACGGGGGGCUAAAAAGCCCAGGGAGGCGGACGGGCCACAGAGCACCC